AUGAAUGUGCCGUCCUUGAGGGCAAUACGUGUCGCCUACCUGCCAGCGAACACUACAUCGGUGUUACAACCAGUGGACCAGGGAAUCAUCAAAAACGUGAAAGUACUGUACAGGAAGCAUCUUUUUGAGCGGAUGCUGUUGUGUAUGGACAAUGCAAGUCAGUAUGAGGUGAGCCCUCUCAGUGCUGUCCACAUGCUGGCGCGAGCGUGGGGUCGCGUAAAGGAUGAAGCCAUUGCGAGCUGCUUUAGGGUGUGCGGCUUCAUUCCAAGUGCUGCAGAUGAUGACGUGUCUUGUACAGUGGGGGAAGAAGACACAAGUGAGCUUGACGUUGAUGGUCUCCUGCCAGCUCUCGGCGACGUCCCUUUCGAGGAGUACAUUGCCACUGACAGUUCAGUAGAAACGUGUGGUGCACUGUCGGACGCUGAGAUCGUGGAGAUGGUUCUGCCCAGCGAGCCUAGUUACGAAACUAAGGUUGACGACGACGACGCAACAUUCAUGCAAGCUGCUCAGAAAAAGCAGUGA